CAAAGAAGCAGGGAGCAGAGGAGGAGAGCUGCAGAUAGAGCAGAGAAUACAAAGAGCAUGUGAGUGUGUGACGUGUGUGUGUGUGUGUGUGUGUGAGACACACAGAGGUGUGUUUGUGUAGAGCAGCGAGGAGGAAACCUGAUCCCUCCGUGUGGAAUAACGCUUUCCGUUAGCUCGCCGGCUGGUUUUUGCCGCGAGCUCUUAGCCUAGCCUGGCCCGGGUCGGCCCACCUAAGACCCGGUACUGGUGGGGGUGAUGGAGCGGUUCCUGGCCCUGUUGCGCCUGCUGAGCAGGAGGAGGCGAGGGAGGAGGUACCGGGCGGAUGACGACUACCAGGAAGGCUACGAAGACGUUUACUACUACAGCAGCAAGUACAACACCCACCUACUGAAUGAAGGGCCGUACACCAAACACUCCGCCGGGUCGAGACCCCCAGAUGGAGCGCUGGCCAUCAGGAGGCAGAGCAUCCCAGAUGAGUUUCGGGGGUGCUCGGUGGUGGAGCUGAUGAAGAAGGAGGGGACGACGCUCGGCCUGACGGUGUCGGGCGGCAUCGACAAAGACGGGAAGCCUCGGGUUUCCAACCUACGUCAGGGAGGCAUCGCCGCCAGGAGCGACCAGCUGAACGUGGGCGACUACAUCCGAGCUGUUAACGGCAUCAAUUUGUCAAAGUUCAGACACGACGAGAUCAUCAGUCUGCUGAAGAACGUGGGGGAGCGAGUCGUCCUGGAGGUCGAGUUCGAGCUGCCGCCGCUCUCGGUCCAGGGGUCAGGGGUUAUGUUCAAGAACGUAGAAGUCACGCUUCACAAAGAUGGAAACAGCUUCGGCUUCGUCAUCAGAGGUGGAGCCCGUGAAGACAGGAACAAGUCACGCCCGAUCGUCAUAACAACCAUCAGGCCCGGCGGCCCGGCUGACAGGGAAGGAACCGUGAAGCCCGGCGACCGGUUGCUAAGCAUCGACGGGAUCCGUCUCCACGGCAGCACGCUGUCGGAGGCCAUGAGCAUCCUGAAGCAGUGCGGGCAGGAAGCCACGCUGCUCCUGGAGUACGACGUCUCAGUGAUGGAUUCCGUUGCCACGGCGUCAGGGCCGCUGCUGGUGGAGGUCGCCAAGGCAACGGGCUCCAGUCUGGGCGUGGCCCUGUCCACCUCCAUGUUCUGCAGCAAGCAGGUCAUCGUCAUCGACAAGGUCAAACCGGCCAGCAUAGCGGACAGAUGUGGAGCUCUUCAUGCAGGAGAUCACAUCCUGUCUGUGGACGGCAAGUCGAUGGAGUUUUGUUCUCUGGCCGAAGCCACUCAGCUGCUUUCUGCCUCCUGUCAGACCGUCCGCAUGGAGAUCCUUCCUCAACACCAGGCCCGACCGGCCCUGAACGCACCACAGCACGUCAAGGUGCAGCGUAGUCCCCGCACCCUUCCCUGGGAGACCGGAGGCUCCGCCCCCAUCCUCCCCCCCUACCACUACAACACGUAUCACCCCGACCAAUCAGCUGCCAGAUCGCACAACCGCCAUACAAACAACCCUCCUCUGAGCCACUCGUUCUCUCCUGGCUCCAUGUCGGCCUACAGCCUCUCGUCCCUCAACAUGAGCACGCUGCCCCGGAACAUGUAUCCCACAAGCCCAAGGGGCACGCUGAUGAGGAGGAAAGGCAAGAAGAAGGACUUCAAGAGCUCCUUGUCUCUGGCCUCCAGCACCGUCGGCCUCGCCGGUCAGGUCGUACACACGGAAACCACGGAGGUCACGUUGCUAGGCGACGGCGUCAUGGGGUUCGGCCUGCAGCUGCAGGGCGGCGUGUUCGCCACGGAAACGCUCUCCUCGCCGCCGCUCAUCGCCUACAUCGACCCCGACAGCCCGGCGGAGAGGUGUGGCAUCCUGCAGAUUGGUGACAGGAUUUUGUCCAUAAAUGGAGUUCCCACUGAAGACUCGACUCUAGAAGAAACCAAUCAGCUGCUCAGAGACUCGUCCAUCACGGCUCAGCUCACGCUGGAGAUCGAGUUUGACGUAGCCGAGUCCGUCAUUCCCAGUUCAGGAACGUUUCACGUGAAGCUGCCCAAGAAGCCAGGCGUGGAGCUGGGAAUCACCAUCAGCUCUCCGUCCAACAGGAAACCAGGUGACCCUCUGAUCAUCUCUGACAUCAAGAAAGGCAGCGUGGCACACAGGACGGGGACUCUGGAGCUCGGAGACAAGCUUCUGGCCAUCGACAACAUCCGGGUGGAGAGCUGCUCCAUGGAGGAAGCCGUUGACAUCCUGCAGCAGUGCGAGGAGCUCGUCAAGCUGAAGAUACGAAAAGACGAAGACAACUCAGACGAACAGGAAGUCUCCGGCAACAUCAUCUACACGGUGGAGCUGCAGCGCUACGGAGGCCCGCUGGGCAUCACCAUCUCCGGCACCGAGGAGCCCUUCGACCCCAUCGUCAUCUCCUCGCUGAGCAAAGGAGGGCUGGCCGAGAGGACCGGAGCCAUCCAUGUAGGCGAUCGUAUCCUGGCGAUCAACAGCAGCAGCCUGAAGGGGAAACCUCUGAGCGAAGCCAUCAGCCUGCUGCAGCAAGCAGGAGAGACGGUCACCCUGAAGAUCAAGAAGCAGGGAGACCUGUCGAGCCCUAAGUCUUGUGUGAUUGGUCCGGGCCUCGGGACGGGGGCGGGGCUUUUCCACGAGCACCAGGACGGGGUGGACGAGCCCGUCGUCAUGGUGGCGCCCCUGCCCGGCCAGCGGGGGUUCGGCGGGCUGCCGUCGGUGGACAGCGCCGUGGAGUCCUGGGACGGGUCCAACAUGGACGGCAGCUUCAGCGCGCCGGCGCCGCCGUUUCAGUCGUCUCCGUACACCUUUCACGAGUGGCGCAACGCCAAGACGAGCAACAGCCAAUCGUCUUCUUCCACCCGGCAGAGAGCCAAUCCGCUGUCAGACCUGGGCCUGAUCGACGACGACUGGGACCGCCCACCACUCGGAGGGUUCACCGUGGGACACGAUGGGACGGAACCGGACCAGGAGGAGAACUUCUGGUCUCAGGCUCUGGAGGAUCUGGAGACCUGCGGCCAGAGCGGCAUCCUCCGAGAGCUGGAGGCAACCAUCAUGUCCGGCUCCAGCCUCAGUCUGAACCAUGACCCCACCCCCCUGCGCAGCACGCUGGGACGCCAGGCGAGCUUCCAGGAACGCAGCAGCUCUAAACCACAGGUCACCAAUCGUUCAAGCACCUUGCCCUCUGACCCCCAGCGCCGAGCCUUCGCCAUGAGGAAGAUGAGGCAGGAAGUCAACGAGAUCCUGAACCAGAACCCCGUAGAGCUCCACAAGCUCACUCUAGAGAAGCUCUCCGACACGGAGGACUUUGGGUUCAGUGUCUCUGACGGUAUGUUGGAUCGCGGCGUCUACGUAAACAACAUCCGACCGGGGGGGGCAGCAGAGCGGGGCGGCCUCCGAGCCUACGACCGAAUACUGCAGAUUAACCACGUGAGGACCCGGGACUUCGACUGCUGCCUCGUCGUGCCACUGAUCGCAGAGUCCCCGAACCACCUGGAGCUGGUCAUCAGCCGAAACCCCGCCUCCUCUUCCCCGCUGGCCAAUCACACAGACGGCGUGGCCAACAGCGGCCACUCCCCUCAGCCGCUCGGCGGCGAUACGGGACCUUCGGAGUGCUUGAUCGGCCCGGAAGAGGACGGCGUUCCGCUCAAGUGGAGCAAGCCGGGAGACGGGCUGGGGGCGGGGCUUGGGAUGGGUCAGGUGAAUAAUAAUUCCUUAUAGCAGACAGAAACUGGAUCAAACCGGUGCCAACCAGAUGUACUGGAGCGGUCAAGAAGGCGAACAGUAAAACUAAGGUCAAUGAGACUGGAGCCGUCCAAACUGGUUCAGAGUGGAACCUCCCCUCCCACAUGGUGCUACACACACCCACUGGAUGACCUUUGACCACUGACGUUUGACCUUGAAACUGAUAAAGCAGCCUGAAAGCACACUGAUGGAGCGGAGCAACACCUCACCUUUUCACUUGAACCUGUUCUGCAUUCUGUCCUACUGGUGUCACUGGAAUCUGAACUACAACUCUUGAUCCUACUGGAAUACCAACCAAGAGGUACUGGCCUUACUGGUUAGCGGGUACUGGUUCUACUCGCCCACCGCCAUGGCCUCUGAUUCUAUUGAAGCCGGAGCCACAGCCGAGGUAUACUGGUUUACUGCUUCAUCCCAGAAGCCUACUACUGAGUCCAGAGCUCUGAGGUCCUGGUCCGUCUCACUAGAAUCAGAACCAUAGCGUCCGCCUGUACGGGCCAAGGACCACAGCAGCACAGAGGCCCGAUGCGACUCCAGAACCUAGAACCAGCUAAAGGACCAGGGAUGCUCCGAUCACGAUAUCUACUCUAAUUCUUCUUAAAAAUAGAUUUAUGUCUACACGUGUUCUCAAAGUUAAGAGUAAAAGUACCUUAAUGGGCCUGGAAGGUUCCGCUUAGAUCUCGAUCCCCACUCAAUUCCCGGCUACUUGCAGAACAUUUUCUGCAGGAUGCCCAGUCCUAAAGGUGGAAUACACAUUAAUGCUUUUUCAUUUAUCAUUAUUUGUCAGUUUGUAGAUGAAUGAGGAUAUCAGCUGAUAUUGAUCGAAGCAUCCCUAAUGAAAUAAGACAGAGGGUUUACUGUUAGAUUUGAGUUCUGUGCCAUGAAUGAGCUGCAGAAGAGUAAUAAUAUUAAUAAUGAUGAUGAUGAUGAUGACACUGAGCAGUUCAAUAAGAAUCUUUUUCUACUGUUUACACCUGUUGGACUGGCCACACUGUGUGUAUGUAUGUGUGUGUGUGUGUGUUUGUAUGUUAACCACAAGGCCAGUUAAGCCCCUCCAACCUCAAGUCCUCGUCCUGCCCCCUCCCCCUCCCAUCCUCCCCUUCUUUCCUCGACCAAUGGGCAGCCAAGAUGACGGAUGGACGGAGGUUCUGAGAGAUUCAGCUGAUUGGCUGGAACCAAUCAGAAAACAAAAUCUUCCCUGCCCAUCUGUGAUUGGUUUGCUGCGACACACAAGCCAACCAAUCAGCUACCAGGAAGAAGCCAAGCAUGCCCCUACCCUGACUCCCCUGACCCCCAAAGUAACAGUGAUCUAUUAUGCUUAUCGAUCGGUGUGUUUUUUGAUUGACUGUUGUCAAUUUUCUCUGUUUGUUUGUUUCCAAUGCGACUGAACUUGUAUGUAAAAUAGAUUUAAAAAAAAGCUUCAGUUCUGUUGCUGUUCACAUCGAGACCAUCGAACCCCUGAAACCUUCACCCUAUAACCACAAAUACAACGUUGUUACACAAGAAAAAAAAUCCUGUUUGAACAGGAAAACUGUGACAGUAAAUUCCUGUGUGUGUGUGUGUGUGUGUGCGAGUGUGUGUGUGUGCGUGCGUGCAUUAAUUCUGGAGUCAUGUUAACAUCUUCCUGCCCUCUCCUCAGUCUGAACUCCCUAUUCAAACUGGCCAAUCAGAACUCUCACAUGUUAUCAAUCACCAAAAGAAACCAUUCCUGAGUGCUAGCAUGCAGUUAGCUUGUCGCUAGUGAACACCGAGCACAGGGCUAGCAUAACCUACCAUGUAACUAACAUAAGGCUAAUACUAGCGAUGGUUACCGCGUCGCUGACAUAUGCUAACCAUUCGGUUAAUGUACGGUUCACGCACAACUUACACAAGACCAGUCAACAAAGAGCCAGCAUACAUAAAUGUUAGCACAGCGCUAAGCCAAGGCCAGUCAAGCCAGUAUAUUGUUAGCACACGCCCAGCACAAUGCUAACAUGUGGCUAACAUCUGGUGAACUUUGCUAGUAUUUGAUUAGUACCCAGCUGGAGCAAGGCUAACAUCUAGCCAAAUGUUAGCAAAUCAGUAAUAUACGGCCAACACUAGGCUACCAAAACCAGUGUUUGGUUAGCACGCACAGGGCACACAGGGCUAACAUGUGGCUUGCAUCUUGUAAACACAGCCAGUAUCGUAAUAUAGCUGGCCGGUAUUCAGUUAGCACAUGUUUAGCAUUAACUGUGUUAAGGCCAACAUAAACAGAAAACCCAUAUGUAGUAGUAACUUGAGCAGUAGCAUUUCCAGGUGAUCAGCACCGUUAGCAUUUUAGCGGGGCUGAGAGGCUUAAAGAGGUUUCGAUGUGAGAUCUAUAGCCAUACACACUGUUUGUGCGCAUGUACUAUGUGUUUGUGUGUGUUCUUUGUACGGAGGACUAAAGCUGAUUAUAAUUAAUAAAUAAGUGACGCAAAUGAAUAUAAUCAGGAAAUAAAAAGGGGGAAAUUAAGUAAAUUAAAUAUAUAUUAGAAUAAAUUAUUUUAAAUGAUUUGGUUUAAAAUCAAAUCAAAUAUUUUAUGUAUAUUCUUCUCACAUUUAUUUGACCUGUGCUUUCAUUUCUAAAAACAUGUGUGAGUAAUUUAUUUAUUUAUUAUAAUUGCAGCGUUGUUCCUCAUUGUGUGUGUGUGUAUGAGUUUGUGUGUAUAAAACAUCGCAGGGAUUUGCACUGUAGUGAUUCACCCCAGCAAACAUCAGCCCAGACACACACACACACACACACACACACACACACACACGCACACACACACACAGGCAUUGCACUGCCAUUUGAAGUAGUGGGUCAGAUUAGUUUCCAUGUAGCUUCACCAACCAACCAAACUGUAUUUUCUUUAAAGGAACAGGGAUGUUGUAAAGUAUUUUUGUACAAAUUUAAUACUUUGGUAGCAUGAUGUUCCUGGUGUUUGUCCUGUUGGGCUCCACUGCUCUCCUCCACCCCCCUUUGUAUGGGCGACAACUGAGCAACAAUAAAGAUGAACUAAACUCCA